GCGGAGAAUGAGACGGCGCGUUGCUUCGGGACGAUCCACGCGGGCACGCCGCAGUACCUGGUGGCGGGGCGUUGGACGCCGCCGUGCUGCCUACGGGCGUUGAGGGAGACGGCGCGGCACGUGGUGUCGGUGUUGGAAGAGUCGGGAGUCCGGUAUUGGUUGGAAGGGGGAUCGCUGUUGGGCGCCGCGCGCAACGGGGACAUCAUCCCUUGGGAUUACGACGUGGAUUUGGGAGUCUACAAGGAGGACGUGGCGAGGUGCCGGUGGUUGGCGGCGGCGGCGGCCGGGGAGGCGGUGGAGGAUGAGGAUGGAUUCCUAUGGGAGAAGGCGGUCGAGGGGGAAUUCUACCGCGUGCAUUACAGCCGGAGCAACCGGCUCCACGUGGAUCUGUGGCCCUUCUAUUCCCGCGCCGGCGUGAUGACCAAGGAGACGUGGUUGGGUCAUCGGCAGGACGUGGAAUUCCCGGAGAGAUUCCUGCAGCCUCGGGUGCCCGUGGAGUUCGCGGGAUUCACGGCCAUGGCGCCCAACAGCGCCAGGGAAUUCCUGGAGUUUAAGUUCGGAGCCGGAGCCAUCGAGAAGCCCGAGUAUCCCAAUCCCAGCGUGAAGAGGAUGGGGCAGGAAUGAACAAAGG